CGCUUCCGGACGGAAAUGAUGCCACGUGUGACGUCACGCCGGCCCUUCACUGAAGCAUGGCGCCGCUCUUGGUCUCUCUAAAAUGUGGCUUUAACAUUCAAAGGCGUAAAUUAUCACUGUUACUGCAGCAGAGUAGCACCGUUCACAUCUGGAGCUGUCACGACCAACGAGCGGCGAGGAACCGGAAACACCAGAGCUCAUGUCAGUUAAGUUCAAACCUAGUUUCAACAUGGGCCAUCAGCAGAAGUCAAAACAGUCAGCAGAUUCUGGAAGCAGUGAAAUAUUUACAGGUUUCAGAGAGACAGUGCUGGCAUGGAAACGCAGGAGGAGGUCUGAAUGCAGAUCCCAAGAAUGUGCUGAAGGAAGUGAAUUCAUCGAAGAUUCUUAAAGCGAUGUUCACGUAUGUUUGGCCCAAGGAUCGUCCGGACCUUCGUGCUCGUGUUGUCAUAUCUCUGAGCCUUCUCGCUGGAGCCAAGAUGACCAAUGUGACGGUGCCCUUCAUGUUUAAAUAUGCGGUGGACAACCUGAACCAGAUGUCGGGACACAUGUUGAACCUGAGCGAUGCGCCAAACACGGUGGCAACUAUGGCAACGGCUAUUUUGAUUGGCUACGGCUUGUCUCGUGCCGGAGCAGCGCUCUUUAAUGAGUUGAGGAACGCUGUCUUUGGAAAAGUGGCUCAGAGCUCCAUCAGAAGGAUCGCCAAGAAUGUCUUUCUUCAUCUUCAUAAUCUGGACCUGGGCUUUCACCUGAGCAGACAGACGGGAGCGUUGUCCAAAGCCAUCGACCGCGGCACACGAGGGAUCAGCUUUGUGCUCAGCGCUCUGGUCUUUAACUUGGGACCCACUUUCUUUGAGAUGUUUCUGGUCAGCAGCAUUCUGUAUUAUAAAUGUGGUGGUCAGUUUGCUAUGGUCACUUUGGGAACCCUCUCAGCGUACACUGCGUUCACCGUCGCUGUUACACAGUGGAGGACGCGGUUCAGGAUAGAGAUGAAUAAAGCAGAUAAUGAAGCCGGAAACGCUGCGAUCGACUCUCUACUCAAUUAUGAAACUGUUAAGUAUUUUAACAAUGAGAAGUAUGAAGCAGAACGGUAUGAUAGUUAUCUGAAGGUGUACGAGUCGUCCUCUCUGAAGACGACGUCGACGUUGGCCAUGCUUAACUUCGGUCAGAGUGCCAUAUUCAGUGUCGGUCUCACCGCUAUCAUGGUACUCGCCAGCAAAGGCAUAAUGGCAGGGACGAUGACAGUAGGAGAUCUGGUGAUGGUGAACGGCUUGCUCUUCCAGCUCUCUCUACCCCUCAAUUUUUUGGGCACAGUGUACAGAGAGACGAGACAAGCUCUCAUAGACAUGAACACACUCUUCACGCUGCUCCGUGUUGACACUAAGAUAAAGGAGAAAGAAAUGGCCCCGCCUCUGCUCGUAGCCCCACAGGAAGCCACUAUCAAAUUUGAGGAUGUGUAUUUUGAGUAUUUGGAGGGGCAAAAGGUGCUUAACGGAGUUUCCUUUGAAGUACCUGCUGGGAAAAAAGUGGCGAUUGUUGGUGGCAGUGGAUCCGGGAAGAGCACAAUUGUUCGUUUGCUCUUUCGUUUUUACGAGCCACAGCGAGGAAACAUCUACAUUGCAGGCCAAAACAUUCGUGAUGUUGGAUUGGAUAGCUUGAGAAAAGCUGUGGGUGUUGUACCGCAGGAUCCCGUGCUUUUCCACAAUACCAUAUUUUACAAUCUGCAAUAUGGCAACAUCAAUGCCACAGCAGAAGAUGUGUACAACGUGGCCAGACUUGCAGGAAUCCACGAUGCCAUUCUCAAAAUGCCUAAUGGGUAUGACACACAGGUGGGAGAGCGAGGCUUGAAGCUGUCAGGUGGAGAGAAGCAGCGCGUGGCUAUAGCACGGGCCAUCUUAAAAAACCCUCCCAUUCUGCUUUAUGAUGAAGCCACGUCUUCACUAGACUCCAUCACUGAGGAGAACAUUCUGAGUUCAAUGAAGGAGAUGGUGAAGGACAGAACAUCUGUGUUUAUCGCUCACCGGCUGUCCACCAUCGUGGAUGCAGAUGAGAUUGUUGUAUUAAAUCAGGGGAAGGUGGCCGAACGUGGCGAUCACCAAACUCUCCUCAGCACACCGGGCAGCCUGUACGCCGACCUGUGGAACACACAGAACAGCAAAAUCCUGAAUAACAACAGCAAGACUGAGCAAAUACCUGAGCGAAGAUCACAGAAAGAGGAAGAGAGGAAGAAACUGCAGGAGGAGAUCAUGAACAACGUGAAGGGUUGCGGGAACUGCUCGUGCUGACGGCCUUUCAUAUCCUCAAACCGCUGCUGCUUCACAGUGACUCGCGUUCAUUGCCGGGUGACAGAAAUUUGCCCCGUGUUCAUCAGUUGUGACAGCGGCGGGUCAAGAAUAUGAUUUAAUCUUUAAUAAUCUGUAACGGAUGAUCUCACGGUGCGUAUUGGGCCUAUGACAUUUUAUCACAGCAUCAUGGGCCCAUACAUUUAUUUUUUGUUAUCAGGGUGAUUCAAACCUUUUUUUAAAUUAUUCGUCUGCAUAAUCAGGAACUCUCAUUAGCUGUUUUUAUUAUAGGUAUGUACAUAUUACUAAUAAACUAUUUUGGACUGGGAAGUGCACAGGAGCAUAAUUCUUAUAUUGUUACAUAGAUAUUUUGUCUGUUAAAAUGUAUUCAAUAUGUCUGGAGCGUUUUGGAAAAUAUUCUGGAUGCCACAUAUUUUAAGAUUUGAGUUGAUACAGCAAAUCAAAUCAGAGACAUCGUUGAGCCUAUAGAAAUGAACUUCAUUGGCUGUCUGUGACCUUAAUAAACUUGAGACCAUUUUUGUCUGACUGAUGUAUAAAGUAUGAAGCUUUGUUUGGAUCGUGCAGCACUUUUAGCCAUUCCAUAUUAAAAUAGUUAAAUCUGGACACUAAAUGUGCAGUGGAAAGAUGUUAUCAAGUGUUGUGAGAGAAAAGUGUGUAAAGCUGAAAUAAAAAAUUACUUUGUCUUAAAA